UACUUCCCUAACUUGAAGUAUUCUUCAACUUGCCUUCAACGAAGCAACUCUUCCAUCUUCUUUGCUUCGUUUCAUCAAAAUGUCCUCCUUGGCUCCUGUAAAGGACACCCCCAGUAAAACACAGAGACUACAGCAAAUUGCGGAUGUCAUUCGACCAUAUUCUCAAUCACCGUUCGUUACAUCCAACUUUUCGAUCGUUUCGUCUUCCAACUCACAGACCGAACAUGUAAUUUAUUUCGCAAUAACUAGAUGGCCAAUGUGGACCGUUGCCGGUAUAUUCCUUGCGUCGUCGAUUGUCCCGCCCAAUCCACUUCGACCUCCUCUAAUGUACCGCCUGGGUUUCGGGGCCAUCUUUUCCGGAGCAGGGUACGUGAUCUCUACAGGAGACGUAUACAAUGGUACUGGGAUCGCCACGGCAUGGUCCCUGACAUAUCUCUUUCUCAAUCUCCGCAAGUCUCUCAAACCUCCACUGAGCGGGUUAUCACUUGCGUUGUCCGGAGCAGCUUUGGCGUCGUCAACAUUAUAUGGAGCAGAGUACUUCUUACUUCAAGAGAAAGACUCAUAGCACCGUAUCUCUCUCGGCACCUUUUCUCAAGCAGGACAUGUCAUGUGUAUACACUUUCAACAAGAACUAAUGUAUGUCGUUCACAAAUCACAAGUGACCGACCGUC